GAUGAUCAUAAUAGUGAUACUAUUUGUGACUUUGAUCAUGAUAUUACUUAUAAUUCUGACUAUACUACUCUUUACGACUAUGAUUUUGCUAAAGAUGGUUCUUUAAAUAGCAAUUAUAAUUCUAGUAAAGCUCAAACUCAUGUAAUUUAA